AACGAUUCAAAACUCCCUUCGGGGCUGCUAAUCUAAUAAAGAUUACUUUGUCUCACUAAACGAAUAUAGUCACCAGACGUCGACACAGUAAAGUUGUCAGCGCAAAUAGCUCCAUUACACAGAAGCGCAGAUAACACAUAUAACCGAGACCAUAAAACAUCAUACAAAAGCACUGAUACAUGAAUCUUUCAUCGAGCUGCAGAGAUUGAAAGAAUAUAUAAAACUCGGGGUCGUGUUUUGGAUUAGACGUGUUUUGCUAGUACAAUUUUGUUUAUCUGAAAAUGGAGAAAAGAAAAACUAUCACAGUUCGUGGAGAGCUCGAUCCAAAAAAAUUGGGGUUUACACUAACUCAUGAACAUUUAUCUCUUGAUUUCAAUAAAUUUUAUACUUCACCACCCACAAACGCAAAACCCCAUCUGAACAGUAAAAUUACCCUCGAGAAUCUUGGCUACAUCCGACAAUAUCCAUAUAGCAGCAUUUAUAAUAUUAAUUUUCAAGAUAGCGAAUCUCAUGAUGCAGUGCUAAGUGAUGUUUUAUACUAUAAAUGUAGCGGAGGAUCUACGAUUGUUGAAAAUACAUCUCACGGAUUAAACCGUAAUUUGAAAUUUCUAUAUGAUAUAUCUGAAGCCAGUGGCGUACAUAUAAUUGCCGGAACGGGACAUUAUGUGCACGGGGUGCAAUCCGAUUCUGUUAUUCAGAUGACAAUUGAAGAGAUGUCUGAUCUGUAUACUAAAGAAAUUCUGUUUGGAGUGCCAGUCGAAGGGGUUGGGUUGAUUCAGUGUGGAAUAAUAGGAGAAGUUGGUAGUUCUUGGCCUAUCACUGCUUUCGAAAGAAAGGCGAUCCAAGCAACAGCGGAAACUCAAAACAUUUUGAAUUGUCCGGUAACUUUUCAUCCUGGUCGCGAUAAAAAUGCUCCCUUCGAGAUUAUUCGUUUAUAUUUGGAAGCGGGUGGAAAGCCAAAUAAAUGUGUCAUGUCUCAUCUAGAUAGAACGUUGAUGCACUCCGAGGAUUUGCUAGAAUUCGCAAAACUCGGUACAUUUUGUCAGUUUGAUUUAUUCGGUACAGAAUGUUCAUAUUACCAAUUGAAUCCUUCAAGUUAUAUGCAGUCGGAUGAGCAACGAUUGGAACAAAUUCAAACACUCAUAAAUAGUGGCUACGAAAAACGAAUUUUAAUGUCUCAUGAUAUUCAUACUAAACACAGAUUGGUAAAGUAUGGAGGCCAUGGCUAUAGCCAUAUUCUGAACAACAUUUUGAUGCGCUUAAUUUCAAAAGGAUUAGACAUUCAAACAAUCGAUACAAUCACUGUUGGUAAUCCAUCUGAGUGGUUGGAAACAUCUACAUAAUUAUUAUAGAUGACUAUUUGUUUGCUGAAAACUAAAUACAGAUUUAGGCUCUAUGCGGAACAGCGCAUUUUCUGUAUAUGAAUAAAACACUCUGUCACAUAAUGAGACUGAAUAAAUAGCAAAACAUUUUUUUCCAA